GGGGUUGAGUUAUUGGGUGGUAAUUCAGCUUAACUUGUGUCGGGUGGAUGGCGUAGUACUCCAAAUUCCAUGGCCAUCUUCCUCACUAAAACUUGUGUCUUUCACACCCUUUCAAUUUCUCUCUCCAAAUCCUUCACUCCUAAUUUUCCACUCAACAACAAAACCCACCCAUUUUCAUUUUCUGUCAAAGCGAGCAAGAUGGAAGAAAGUGAAAUUAAGGAGGUUAGAGAAGUUGGAGGGAGUACCAAGAAGAAGAUAUUUGUAGCAGGAGCAACUGGAAGUACUGGUAAAAGGAUUGUUGAACAGUUGUUGUCUAAGGGUUACUCUGUUAAGGCUGGAGUUCGUGACAUUGAGAAGGCGAAAACUGCCUUUCCUACUAAUCCUGCCCUUCAAAUUGUCAAAGCAGAUGUUACUGAGGGUUCAGACAAGCUAGCUGAAGCCAUAAGUGACGACUCUGAGGCUUUAAUAUGUGCAACUGGGUUCCAACGCUCCUGGGAUCCGUUGGCCCCUUGGAAGGUGGAUUAUUAUGGAACUGUCAAUCUCGUUGAAGCAUGUCGCAAGCGUGGUGUCAAGAGAUUUAUUAUAGUCAGUUCCAUUUUAGUCAAUGGUGCUGCAAUGGGGCAGUUGCUUAAUCCAGCCUACAUCUUUCUGAAUAUAUUUGGACUUGUAUUAGUUGCAAAGCUACAAGCUGAGAAUUACAUCCGGAAAUCUGGCAUAAACUACACAAUUGUACGGCCUGGUGGAUUGAAAAAUGAUCCUCCUUCUGGAAAUAUAAUCAUGGAACCAGAGGAUACUCUUUCUGGAGGAAGUAUAUCAAGGGAUCAAGUUGCCGAAGUUGCUGUUGAAGCAUUGAUACAUCCCGAGGCUUCUUACAAAGUAGUAGAGAUAAUUGCCAGUCCAGAUGCUCCUAAACUGUCGUUUGAAGAAUUGUUUGGUGCUAUUAAGCAACGCUGAUUUUGUUGCGUUUCUUAAGAAUGGUGUGUCAAUACUCAAUCCUUGAUAAUAUGUACAAAAGUUUACCACUUUUACAGUUGUCUUUAUACAACUUUAAUAACUUUCUCAAUCAUUAGCUGACAAUAAUCAGCUGAGUUAUACGACUUAUCUGCUCGUUUUUCUCA